ACAAUCAUGGCGUCGUCCGGGGACCUCGAUGUGACUAAAGACGAAGUUGAAAGAAUAACCAAAGCUUUAAAAGACGAGAAGUUUAGACAGCUUUUCUUCGAAUAUGCUCAGGAGAUUUCCGACCCUGAAAAUAGAAAAAAAUACGAAGAGGAAAUUGCUCAGUUGGAGAGAAAUCGCGGCUCUGAUGUUGUGUUCGUGAAUCCCGAGCCUGGAUACGUAAUCAAAACAAACGUGGACGGAGAGAAGAAGGCGUUUAUCAAUGUAUGCCAGAGCGACAAAGUAGCCAAGCCCAGCUCGUCUACUGUACGCCGAGACAACGGGCAAGUUGGUACCCAGUGGUCGGUACCUCAUAGUCUAGCUCCGGGCAGGGAAGAUGUUGACAAAGGUGGAAAGAAAUGUAUGGUUUAUGACUGUGUUUUCCAUCCCGAGUGCUUCAAGAAUGGGGAGAAAGAUCCGAGGUUCUUCAAGCUCAUGGACGAGACUGCCGCCAAUGUCAUCGAAUCAAAUUUUGGGGUCAAACUGGAUCAGGCCAAUAUGAAAAAGAUGACUAAAAAGAAAUUCAUGGGCCAACCCAGGGCUUGCGUUAUUAGAACAAAAAGCAAAGAUGGCCCAUCCGGCGAAACGGAUGCGUUGAAAGAUUUCAAUGUUGAAUAUCCGUUCAAUAAGAAGAAAGAGUCUGAGAGCGGCAACCCUCCUGCUAAGAAGAUUGGAAAGAAGCCUGGACCCGUUGAACCGCAGUACAGUAUCACUCACAGGGGACAUUUCGAUAUGCAGAAUUUCACCAACGCUCCGGAUUCAAUGCCCACAACGAGACCCCAAGAACUUGUUGUCAAGAUACAGCUUCCCUUGUUGAAGUCAAUCGCAUCAGUGCGGUUGGAUGUCUUCGAGAAGCAAAUAGUCUUGGAGUGUCAGAAGCCUGUUUCAUACAAGCUUGAUCUGUCGCUGCCAUACCCUAUCGAUGAGGACAACGGAAGUGCCAAGUUUGACAAAAGCAAGUCCUGCCUGACCAUUACCCUUCCCGUUUUACCCCCUGACAUCCCGGCACUGCCAUCGUUUGCACCUGAGUUGGAGAAACCAGCCCUGAUAGAAGAGAUUCCACCCAAAUGCCUUGACGACAAAGAGCCAGAGGUUGACCCUCCAAAGCCUGUUGCAGGGUCUUCUGUCACGUCGGUUAAAGACUCUCUAAAUUGCCAACCUGAUGGAGAUUCCAAAGCAGCUGAAGGGGAAGACCAAGGAAAUCAAGACGAGCCACUCUUAGAUCAUAAAAAUCAGGUUUCUCAAUCCAGCCCAGAAAAGAGCAUCCAAGGCAUCAAUUUGAAAGCUUCCACAAGAGCAGACCAAGCUGAGACUACGAAGCCAAGAUGCCCUUCCUAUAUCUUCAGACAAGAUGAUGCAACUGUUUCCAUCAUCAUCCAAGUGGCUGCAAUAGAGACACAGGAUCUUCAGAAGCAGAUGUCCGAAGAUGGUUCAACGGUGUUCCUGAAAUUCACAGCCGUGGAUAGCAUCAGUGGAGACACAGUACCAUUCGCAUUACACUUAGCGUUUCAACCUCAGUGUGUACUUAAAGAGAUGGAGUUGGACGUCCAGCCCACAGAGGCAGUUUUGCUCCUUCACAAAGCGACAUCUUCCCAAGGAGAAUGGUCUGGGUUUAAGGCUGGUGCGUCUCUAGAUGGAGGCUUACAGGAAAAGUUGUUCCUGACUGAAGACAAUGUUCGUGAACACGUAACCGCCAUGCCAACGAAACGUAAAGGGAGACGACCACGGUCUGCUGGGAGUGAGAUGGACUGUGGCGUUAUAAAAGCCACAGAGGACAGCCUAGUCAUUGAGUUAGAGCCCAAAGUGAAUGGGUACCCAGAAGCGUAUUAUAGAUCAAGUGAAGAAGCCAUGUCAGAUGCUGCGUUAGGUACAGUCACAGACAAAGUGGUCGAUGCUGUGAUAGGAGAGAUCUCCAAUGUCGCAGCCUCUCUCAAGCUGGACCUGAAGCAAGACGACUCAACUGGAAGUGACGUUUCCAGUCCGUCUUCAACCCCUUGCUCUCCCUCUGGCCUCCGAAGUGUCUUAAAAGAUGGAACCCACUACCGCAGAAGUCAGAGGUCAGUAAGUUUCAGUGAAGAUGUCGUUGUCGAGACGAUGGUUAGUAACAGUCCAAGAAAAGCAAAGGGUAAAAACAAACGAUACCAACCUCCCAGACCGAGGAGGUUCAUCACAAAGCUUCGGGACGGAUCUCAAAAUCAAGGUGCCUCCAGCGAUUCUGAGAUCCACUACUGGGGCGGGAACAAUUACGAAGAGGAAGAGCCGGAGUUUCUGGAGGAGGUCGUCUUCCCAGAUAUGGGAGGCGGCAUGGAGAGACAGACUAGCAGCGAUUCCAGCGGUGGUGAUGAUGGUGGUACGGUCAUCCCAAAUGGGAACAAGAAGAAGAAACCCAAAUCUAGCAAGCGUCAACGGAAAAAGAUGAAUGCUGCGAAGAGAGCGAUGGCAUUCGAUGAAGACAGGCGUGAGAUGAAGGAAGCGUGGUUCGAAUCCAGCUACCCACUUCGUGCCACUUCAUCUGAAGGCAAUAUCGCUGCCGCCAGGCAAAACCAAGGGUUUAAGGAGAAGAUAGAGGAACAAACGGUCAGCACAAAACAAAACCAGAAGCAUAAAAACGGUAAUGACCCAGGUGAGAGCACAGCAAAAGGAAAAGCCGCCGCGCAGCAUAGUGUGAAAACAGCUGAUAAAGAUGAUCCAAAAACUGGGAAAGCAGAUGUCCAACAUAACAGCGAUACAAAGGCAACAGAAUGUUACCAAAAUGACAACCAAGAUGAUAGUAUUCCCUUGGAGCUGCAGGAUCAUCGGACUAACAGCGCUGUGGUUUUCAGCAAUGACGUCAUGUUUGAGCUCGACGAGUAAGAUAUAACCAUCUCCAAAGGCACUGGACACUAGUAUUACUCAAAGUAAUUAUUUGCAUAAAAGAAUGGAGAGCUGUUAAUAGUAUAAAAUAUUGUGACAAACGGCUCCCUCUGAAAUAACAAAAUAAUAAAGAGUUAAUAUCUCACUCAAAUACUUAUAUCUAAUGAAAAACUUCAGGUCUGAAGGCUAUUGAGUGAUUGCACAGAUAAUUUUGUGCAGAAUUUGAUAAAAAUGAGCAAAAGAUUUGUUUUUUCUUUCAUUAUUCUCUUGCAACUUUGAUGACCAAUUGAGU